AUGCCACGGGGCAUCGACAGCGAAGAUUUCAAAGUCUACGUGGGAGGACUCCGUUACGGUGUCACCGAAAGAGACAUCGAGCGUAUGUUUGAUCGUUACGGAACCAUAAAUCGGAUUUUCGUCGCUAGAAAACCACCAGGAUUCGCUUUUGUCCAUUUUGAACGAGAAGAAGAUGCGGAGGAGGCUGUACGGAAAUGCGACGGCAGGGAAAUCAGGGGACAUCGAAUAAGGGUCGAGCUUUCACAUGGGAAGCACACGAAUCGAAAACAUUGGUGGAGGUCGAAUCCCGUCCUUCUCUCCCUCUGUUCACUCGGGAUGAUUCGGGCCCCUUCGACGUCCCUCGAGCUCGAUUCGCUUCUUGCGGAUUUGAGAGUCUCAACCUUCUUAGGAUGA